GGGGAAGCAUGUGUUGUUGUUUCUUCAUCAUCAUCUUCUUCUUCUCGUCAUUAUUAAUGCGCUACUCCUCUUGAAAUCUGGUCAUGGGUUAUUGAAUAAUAAUAAUGAUAAUAAAAUGGAUCAAGUCCAUGGAUUACUAAUCAUGUCCUUGCGUGGAGCUGCAACAACAUCAUUCUCAGCAUGGGAAAACUUGGGAACUACCCGUGAAGAAGAUGCUGAUGAUGAUGAAGAUCUGGAGCUAAUAAGUCCAGAAGCUGAUGCGGCGGCGGCCGAUCUAAUCUCCGGCGGCCUCCCGGGGCAGCCAAGUGGCGGCGGCGGGAAGCCCUUCGAGCAGUACGCAGGCUACGUGAACGUUGACAAGGGGAAGGGAAGAAGUCUUUUCUAUUACUUUGUGGAGUCCGCCGCCGCCGAGGAUCCUCACACUAAGCCUCUCAUCCUUUGGCUGAGCGGAGGCCCUGGUCUCUCCUCCCUCGGCGCCGGUGCCUUUCUUGAGAUUGGUCCUUUUGGUGUCAAUCCCGAUGGCAAAACUCUCUACCCCAGAAAAUUUUCUUGGAAUAAAGUUGCAAAUAUAUUAUUUGUGGAGUCGCCGGCGGGAGUUGGUUUCUCCUAUUCGAAUACAUCCUCCGACUAUGAAAAAUCAGGAGAUACGAUGACUGCUCAAGAUUCGUACCAGUUCUUACAAAAUUGGUUCAAGAGAUACCCACAAUACAAGACCACGGAUUUCUACAUUGCUGGCAAGGAUUAUUCUGGAUUCUACAUCCCAGAGCUCGCUGAUGUUAUUAUCAAGAAGAAUAAGAUAGCGACCGAAAAUAGUUUAAAGAUUAAUCUCAAGGGUAUUAUGAUAGAAAAUGGGAUAAUGAAUAUUCCCACGGACACUAGAGGUUUUAUUGACUACGCUUGGAGCCACGCCCUCAUCUCAAAUGAAGCUCACCAAGCUCUGCUAAAACACUGCAUCACCAAUGAUAGCUCAUGUGAACAUUCUCUAAACGAAGCAGCCACAGAGAUCGGAUACAUAGACACUCACAACAUCUAUGGCCCUUUGUGCUUCGAUUCCUCCCGUAAUCGCUCAUCAAUAAUGUUCAAUAAACGGCGAUUCGGAUACGACCCCUGUGAAAAUGAGUAUGUCCACAGUUACUUCAAUCUCCCUGAGGUCCAAAAAGCCUUGCAUGCUAACACCACCAAGCUUCCAUAUCUUUGGUACAUCGGCAGUAACGAGGUUUAUACGAAGUGGACAGAUAGACCAACAACGAUGUUCCCAAUAUAUAAAAGGCUAAUUACAUCUCGUCUUCAAAUACUUGUUUAUAGUGGGGAUGUUGAUGCUAUAAUCCCCGUAACUUCAACGCGGUAUUCACUUGAUGCGAUGAACCUGAAAGUCGUCACACCUUGGCAGUUAUGGAAGGAUUCCUCUGAAAACGUGGCAGGGUACAAAGUGGUUUAUGAUGGGUUAACAUUCGCCACGGUUAAAGGGGCUGGGGAAGUAGUUCCGCAGUCUAAGCCUCGUAGUGCAUUUGUCUUGCUCAACAUGUUCCUUGCCGAGGCGGCCGCCAAUAAUCAUCGCUAGAAUAUUGUCUUCUGACGCACUAAGGGAGAUGACACAUAUAAUAUUCUCCACACUUAUUAGCUUCCACUUGCUUUCUCAUAUUCUCCUGUUAAAAAAAACAAAUACUCUGUUACAAUACUACUAUGCGGAGUAAAUACUAGUGUGUGUGUGCUACAUUAUAUCCAUGAAAGCCAAUACAAAUAAACAUGUAGCAAGAAAAUAUGUAGUAAUAAAGUAAAAGAAUCUUU